AUGCACGAAUUGGACACUUUGAAUCCCAAACCAGUGAUGAAGGAAGAUGGUGGCAACAACGAUGUCGAAGAUGGUAGAUUAGUGAUGGAGGAAGAUAGUGGCAACGACAAUGUCGAAGAUGGUAUCCUCAAGCUUAAGGACCACUUUCCUGCUCCUUGGUGCAUGGGUGACGACUUCAAUGAAAUUAGGCAUAUAGGAGAGAGGGUUGGCUACUCCAUGAGAGGCAUGGGAAUGAAACAUUUUAAUGAUUUUAUUGAGAAAUGUGAGCUCCAUGACUUACCCCUUCAUGGAAGGAAAUACACUUGGUGCAAUGCCCAGGAAUAUAAGAAAUGGAGCCGCAUAGACAGAGUACUUCUCAGCCCAGAAUGGUUGAUUAGCUUCAGAAUGAAGUUAUGGGGGCUGCCUAGAUUAGUUUCUGAUCACUGCCCUCUGUUGUUGAUGGAAGAUGAAAGAGACUGGGGCCCCAAGCCUUUCAGGUUUCUCAAUGCUUGGACUCUCCAUCCAAGUUUCUCUAAGUUCUUUGUUAACAUUCGGAGCAACACUACUGUUGCAGGGUGGGCCGGAUUCAAAAUUGUUCAAAAAUUAAAGCAGCUAAAGCUAGAAUUAAAAAAAUGGAACAUUGAGGUGUUUGGAAAUGUCUCAUCCAAACUCAAGGCUUUAGAGGAGGAAUUGCAUGCAUUAGACAUCUUAGCAGAGGAAAGACUUUUGGCUGAUUCUGAGAGGACAAGAAGAAGAGUGGUCAGAGGUGAAAUGUGGCAUUUGCUUAGAAUGGUGGAGUGGAUCUGGCACCAAAAAUCCAGAUUGAACUGGACUAUAAACGGGGAUAAGAAUACUAGAUUUUUCCAUGUCUUUGCUAAUACCAGAUAG